GUCGUUUUGUUUUUCGCCUUCGUUAUCGACGUCAUCAGAAGCCGAUUUAUAGUGUUAUUGUCUAUAUAAAUACCGGUCCUUUGUGUUAUGGAGAUCGCUAAGCUGAACCAUCUGUCAUUCUUCAAUUGACACGAAAGAUAUAUAACGCCAAGAUACGACAUGUGCACGACGUCAUCAACCACAGCGUCCCUGCUCCUACUGGUGUUUUGCUGCAUUGCAAAUCUGGUAUCAGGAAUCAUAUUUUUAAAAGCAGAUGUCCCCGACUCCGACCUGGACCUGCUCAGAGAUGGACUAUUGUCCAGACUUCAACAUGACCUCAUGGAUUAUGUCUCACUCUCUAAAGACCAACCACUAACUCCAGAAAAUGAUUAUGGAGAGGAAACAGAAGGCGAAUUUCAAAUUCGUAAGCGGCGGCCAUUUCACAGGUUUCUGAGGUUUGGAAGAAACGCUGGCUACUCAGGGCAGUCCCGUGCUGCAGAUCUAGCUACGAACAUGGCUAAAAGGGGACCAUUUGUGAAAAUUGGGAAGAUGCCGUCGUCGGUGUUUCUCAGACAGCGAGCGCUGAUGAGGCAGUCCCAGGCUUCGCAAUAUCCUAUCAACACGAACUCCGUCAUCAGAGUGGGAUAACGUGCUCUUGGUGAACAGCAUGUCAUGAAAUGGCUUUUCAACGGGAUGUUCUAAAGGGCGACACUGAUUGAACUGACCUCUUGGCGACUGGCAUUGUGGGAUAGGUGUCACUCUCAAUGUACCUGAUCUUCAGCACUCUUCUGAGAAGGGCUGUUCAUUUUUAUUGUGCUAGGAACUUGUCUAACCAAAACAUUGUCAACAGGGAAGUGAUCGAUGGGAGGUGAUAGGGGGUUACUAUGGAUAAUUUGCUAAAGCAUUAUAUGAUUAGUAGUGACGACAGUUUUCUUAUUCUGUAACAAAUUUGUUUUGAAAUAUUUUACUGAUCAGAAAAAAGUCAAAAGGAUUGCACAACAGUCAGUUUGUCAAUGCCAAAAGGUGUUUAGAAAUAGUUUUGAAAAAUAUUAUUUUGUCAUUCGAUUGUCCAUUUUAAUGGUAUUACUAUAUCAUUAUACAUCCUUAAUGCAGUAGUUUAAGUAUGACUUUAUUCGCAUUAGGCCAGCUGUUCGAUCGUCGAAGUAAUACCAUAACGUCUAUUCACGUAAUACUUUAAACAAAAAUAUUAUUAAAAAAUAAAACACCUGUCCAAAUACAA